AUGUACACCUCUGGGACGCAGCAGCAAAAGCCAGAUGCCCCUUCUUCCCCUGCUGCAGCAGCAGCAACAGCAGCAGCAGCAGCAGCAGUGGCGUCUGCUCCCCUGCACCGCAUCUUUCGUCCGUGGGGGCCCCAAGGGGCCCCCCAGCCGAGGGGCCCUGGGGGGCCCCCCGAGGGGCCCCCUCGGGGGCCCCUGGGGCCCCAGGGGCCCCUUAAGGGGGGCCCCUUAAGGGGGCAUUCGGGGUGUAUGCUGAGCUCUGGGCUGUCUCUACAGCUCAGCCGGGGGGCCCCCCGCUGCUGCGUCUCCCACAGAAGGCCAGGGGGGCCCCAUAGGGGGGCCCCCAGGGGCCCCCUAGAGGGUUUGGAGGAGGCCCCUUGGGGGCCCCCCGAGACCACCUGGGGGCCCCCCGUGAAGUGCCCUUUACGGGCCAGCUUGGGGGCCCCCUUGGGGGCCCCCUUAGGGGACUCUUUGGGGGCCCCCUUAGGGGCCCCCCUGGGGGCCCCUUGGGGGCCCCCUGCAGCUCGGGCACUUUCAUCUUUGGUGGAGAGAGAGAAGGAGACCAACGCAGCGCCAUUUCAGGCACCGAGGACGCUGGCAGAGGCUGAAGCUCUUGCGCUUCGCGCUCAGACUGAGCAGGGACUGACCCUCCCCGUGCUGCCGUGGCUUUUCUUCGGGUGUCUGCUGGCAACGCCAAUGGCCCUCGCGAAGUACCACUGCAGGAAGCUGAAGGAGCGGCAGCAGAACUCCGCUGCUUUGUCGCGGGAGCUGCAGCAGCAGCUCCUGGUGCCUCCGCUGCUGCUGCUUCCAUUUAACUCCAUUAAAGAGUUAAUUGAGCAGCCUUUUGAAGUGCUGCUGCUGCUGCUCAAUUCUGCUGCUUUUGGGGCCUCCACUGCCGCCUGCCUCUUCGCCGAAGUGGCCGCCCUCCUCGCGUCUCACGGCAUAGACCUGCCAAUAGCCAUAUGCGACCUGAGCGAAGGUGCCUCUUUUAAUGCAAACCCUGGGGGCCCCCCGUCUCAAGAGACCCCACAAAAGGGGGCCCCACAGGGGGCCCCCACAGGCAUGGGGGCCCCCUGUGGGGCCCCCCAAAGCCUGCAGGAGCGUUUGUUUCCUGCUGCUGCUGCGCCUUAUGCGUUUUUGCUGCUGCCUGAGGGUUUGGGGGGAGAGCCUGCAGCAGGAGAGUUGGAGGAUCUUGAAAAUGAGAAAUUAAUUAAAUUAAUUUCCCAAAAAGCAGCAGCAACUCGCGUGCUGCAGCAUGCUGCUGCUGUGAGGCCCGCUGCAGCAGCGCUUCUGGAGCAGGCGCAGGCUAUUGACGAAGCAGCAGCAGAUCUUCUACGCUGCGAAUUCGCUGAAACAUUUGUUGAUGAAUUCGCCCACGCAAAAGUUAACUCAAACACAGGGACCCAGCCCCAGGGGGCCCACCCUGGGGGCCCCUCUGGGGGCCCCUCUGGGGGUCCCCCUAGUUGCCCCUCUGGGGGCCCCCCUGCUGGGGGCCUCACUGGGGGGCCCCCUGGGGGCGGCUCUGUAGGAAACUGUGAGGGCCAACCAAAAGGGUCUUCUGGAGGCCCCCUUGGGGCCCCCCACGUAGAUAGUCUGGGGGGCCCCCCUGGGGGCCCCCUGAAGGUAAUGCGGCUGGCUGAGGCCUUGACAGCUUGCAGGGAGAGAAGGAGACAGAAAUAUCCCACCGUUAUUGUUUAG